AUGCCGAAGGUGAAGGCGCUGCAAUGCGCACUGGCGCUAGAGAUCCGCUCCGUAACUUGUCCAGGAGUAGUGCUGAAAGACAAGGAGGAUAUCUAUCUUAGCAUCUGUGUGUUUGGCCAAUAUAAAAAGACACAAUGUGUCCCAGCCACUUUUCCAUUGGUCUUCAAUGCCAGAAUGGUGUUUGAAAAGGUGUUCCCUGAAGCAGUAGACCCUGGAGAUGUGGUUGCACAACUUGAAUAUGAUACAGCAUUGUUUGAGUUGAUUCAACUAGUUCCACCAGUGGGUGAAACACUGUCUACAUAUGAUGAAAAUACACGAGAUUUUAUGUUCCCGGGUCCAAACCAACUUUCUGGACACCAUGAUUCAAACCGCCAGGUUACCAUGAGGAGGAUUUCUGGCCUUCGAGGAAUUGCUCCAAAGCUGGAAUUUUCUACAACCUCAGUGAUUACUGAAUGUCUGAUAAGUUCAAGGAAGUGCCGCACUCAGGAUAAAUAUAUUUACCAUACGGCUCCAGUUGAAAAACCACACGGCAGACUGCAAUUCAGAACAUCAAGAUCUCAAAAGAAAAAAUCCAAGUCACCUGAGAGAAGUAAAUAUUGCGUAAAUGCAAAAAGCUACGAACAGCCUACGAUUUCUUCAAAAUCACACUCUCCAUCUCCCUACACAAAAAGACGCAUGUGUGAGCUAUCCGAAGACACCAGGCGGCGGCUGGCCCACUUAAACCUGGGACCCUACGAAUUCAAAAAAGAAACAGAUAAACCUCCAUUUGUGAUUAGACAUGUCGAUCCCCCAAGUCCCAGGGCUGAUACUUUAUUUGGGUCUUCUAGCAGAGAUUGUGAAAGAGAUGGAUGGUCCAGGAUGCACAAUGAUCAUUUUCAUCAUAGCGGCUACCGACCCAAGGAUUAUAAGGUGAUCAGGACACCCCAUGGCAUGGACUUCGAUGACUCUUUGGAAAGGUGUGAUGAGUAUUUGAGCCCAAGAUCAUGUAGCAAGUCCCGGCAUUCAGCAAGGACCUUACUUGUCCAUUCAGCACCCUCAACGACGAUGAAGCAUCCUCCAAGCCCUGUGUUAAACCGAGCUUCUCUCAGGGAAAGAUUCCAUUCUGAUUGGUGCUCACCUUCAAACUGCGAUGAGAUCCAUGACCGGGAUGAGAGAGAACUAGAGAAGGAAGACGAACUGGAAAUGAAAAGAGGUCUUUACUACAGAGACUAUGCCUAUGACAGUGAUCCCGAGUACAGCUCAUGUCAGCGGCCACGUGGCACUCUCCAAAUGGAUGAUGGUGAAUACUGGUCCAACAGGGCAGCCUCUUACAAAGGAAAGUCCCACCGACCCAUCUUUGAGAACAGCAUGGACAAGAUAUACAGGAACUUAUACAAAAAGGCCUGUGGUUCUAUUUCUCAUACACAGGAAAGCUUCUGA